AUGAGGUGGCAUUCGCUUCUUGCGUUCCGUGAGAGCCUUCCGGUUGUGCCCCGGCCAUUGUUCGCCUCGGCGGCCGCAGAAGAAAGCGCCAGUGGAUGCUUGCUUGCGCGAGUGCCAACGCUUCCAGCCUGCACAGGGAUGUUCGGCACAAAAGAGGCGCUAUUACAUGCCGUUCAAUAUGCAUGGAACAAUCCCGUCCGGUGGGGAUGGACAAAUGCUGCCGAGAUUGAGUACGAGUCUCGAAAAGAUCUCCGAAGGCCGAGCCAUUAUGACGAGCAGCCCAAGCACGAAGCGCUGGCGAUGCAGCUCGACAAGAGCAAGAAGCAGGUGGUCCCGCCUGAGCCGUUGCCAGUAAGUGGCAAGGAUGAGUUGCUCAUCAUGAGAGUCAUGGAUGGGAAAGUCACUGACUGGACUCGAGCCCGUCGAGCCGCUGAGCAGAUUCGAAGUCCGAGCUACACGACGAAGGACUUCUACAGCGACUUGGUGGCGGCCUUCCCCGAGCUGCGGCUGUACUGCGUGGUUCGGGAGGCUGCACCUCAUGGUGAGGGCCGGGUGCUGUUGCCGUCCAUCUCUACACUCACGACAUCAGCCAGUCGAACAGGUGAAGAUGAGUACCAGCGCACCAUCGGGGCGCUCUUCUGCAUCUUCUGGCUGAUGCGUACGCAUCUCGACGGAAAGGAGUCCUUCUGCUUUGGUUUAGACACGGACUGGAAGCCGCGCAACAGGUCGCACUUCCAGGAGCCAGAGCUCGAGGUCGAGUACAAAAAACGCAAGAACUUCUACGAGAAGACGGACUGGGCGGCCAUUGAAGGCCUCUUUGUCGGAGCCGGCUUGCUUAAGAAGGCUGGGGGCCCGCACGAUGUCGAAAGAACACUCGCAAUGCUAGUCCUUAUGACCGUGCACGAUGUCAUGAAGCUUGACAUCCUCCGCCCGAUUGUCGGUGUGGGAGAGUUCGCUGGCUACAAAAACGGCGAGCCCAUCGGCGACCACGACGUAGCUUUAAGCUAUGUGCUGGAGCGAUGCCCUCAAGCCUUGCCUUCCUUUGCCGGGCUUUCCACCGAAAUGCAAGAGAGCAUCAAGUUCACACACUGCAAAUUGGACUACAACAUGGGCUGGCUGGUGCAAGCAGAGGCUCCUCCUGGCGCUUUGUUCAAGGCCUUCCGAAAGGUUGUCUUAGCUGGAGCCGCUUCCGACCAAAAGUCCGCCAGUAACAUUGCCUUCUACUUCGUUCACUGGUUCGCGGAUUUGGCUGGAGCAGAAGCUUCUCCUUUGCAAGGAUGCGAAAAGUUUGUGCUGAAGUUCCCUCAGCAAGUUCUCGGCAGCUUCAUCGAUUCCUUCGCAGUCGGCAGUGACAGGAGUUGGACGAAGUGCCAUCAGCUCGUUCCGACCUGCUGCACGAUGUCUCCUUUCUCGACAAGUUCCAAGAUGCUCGAUGGGCCUGGGCUGCCAGGGCUGCCUUGGGCUUCUGCCGGUGACAAGUUCAAAUUCGGCACCAGGAAAUCGCUGGGCCUUGCGCUGGCGUCGGUCGCAGCCUUGACGGCCGCUACAGCAAGCGAGAGCGAGGCAAAGUCGGUGAAGGCCGAUGAUCGAAGCCACGAGCUGUCCGGGGACGAGCAAAGAACCGUGGCACUCUUCGAACGUUGUAGUGGCUCUGUAGUGCACAUCAGUACUUUUGUACAGGACAAGAGCCUUCUUCGAGGCGCUUUCGGUAUGGCGAACGUAGACAUGCAAGACAUCCCACAGGGAACCGGAAGCGGGUUUAUGUGGGAUUCGAAGCACAUCGUGACCAAUUACCAUGUGAUCAAAGAUGCCGACAAGGCUAUGAUCGUCUUUGCUGAUCACACAUCCCGCGAAGCAUUCUUAGUCGGACAUGAGCCAGACUUUGACUUGGCGGUGCUGCGUUUUGAGAAGCCGGAUGAGCUUGAAAUCAAAGCUCUCGACAGGGGCUCCUCCUGCCGCCUUCAGGUGGGUCAAAAGGUUUUUGCGAUCGGCAACCCGUUUGGACUGGACCAGACACUGACCAGCGGCAUCGUGAGUGGUCUCGGUGGCAUCUCGGGGCGCAUGCUGCGUGGGCUCGUGCAGACGGAUGCUGCCAUUAACCCGGGUAACAGCGGAGGCCCGCUGCUUGACGCGAGAGGCCGCCUCAUUGGUGUGAACACUAUGAUUGCAAGCCCUUCUGGAGCCUUUGCCGGAGUGGGCUUUGCAAUCCCCGUGGAUACUGUAACACGAAUCGUGGAUCAGAUAAUCAAAUAUGGAUUUGCUAAGCAGCCGUACUUGGGCUUGUACAUGGCCCAAGACCACGUGAAACAGCAGCUGUCACGAUUGCUGUACCGUCAGCGGAUGCGUCCGAUCGAGGGAGCCCUCAUUAUGGCUCUAGAGCCUGAAGGCCCCGCAGAUCAGGCGGGUCUCAGACCUUCUAUUCAAACAAUGCGGGGCAUACAGCUGGGUGACGAGAUCCUGUCGAUUGAUGGGAAGAAAGUCAGUAAUCUGGAUGACAUCUUCGAGGCCCUGGACCAGAGAGAGAUCGGCGAAACGGUGAAGGUGGUUUACCGACGACGAUCGGAUGGCCACGAGAAGGACAGCAGCACAUCCCUGCGACUUGCAGAAAGGCCCUUGCGCCCUCGAAAUAUCAGCAGCCGGAGUCCGUCGGACGAUGGGGGCGUUUUGGUUACUGAGCAUGUGUGGAAUCUGGGCCCCAAGACCGAGACUGAAGUCUUUGAGGAGUACCUCGUCUGGCGCUGGGGCAACAUGGAGCAGCGCCUCGGCCCUGCUCCCACGGGCUCUGGUGCCAUCGCCAAAAUGCGACUGGUACUCAUGGCGCAGGGUGACAACCAAGAAGUUCUGAGGCAGUUCAGCCGACUGAAGAAAGCAGAUCAGCAGGUGUUGAGCCAGGAAUUGGCUAUCACAGGGUGCCUCAACCAGAAGUUCAAGCGGGACAGCUACAAGGAUGCCGGAGGUCCGGCAAUCCUGGUCUACUAUGCACCGGCACUGAUGCAGAAAGCUGGCAAGCAGGAUCCGGCAGGUGCCUUGAUCGUUAUGGCCGAGAUCUUCCGACAAGCAAGGUCUCUGUGGCCAUUGUCAAAAAAUCAAGAAGAUUGUGAUAAGACGAUCUUGGUUCGGAUCGAUGUCUUGAAGGAGAUGCAGGUGUCGGCGAUCCUGGAACCUCGACCAGACAUCAAUUAUGUACUGUGUAGGGUCAGUUCACAGGAUGCGCAGGUCAAGAUUGUGAGCAAUUUGGACAUGAAAGAAAUAGACAAGGCAUCCUGA